GCUUGUAGAUAAAAGAAAUAUUGUCAGGCUUUGUUAGCAUUUUGUCUUAACCAUUAACCAUUGUCUUUGGUUCAGUGCACUUUAUGGGUCUAUGGGUCCUUGGGUCUUUGCGUGUGGAUAUUUGGUAGAGCAACCGAUUGAGUUGAUUAAUUUAUUUUUAUAUGAGCAUUACAAGUAUUAUUUGUAAUAUACUCCAUAUUAUAUGUUUAAUCAAUUCUACUUGGUUAAUAUGUAUUAUUUCUAUUUUCAAGAUUAGUCCAAAAUACCUCCAUUCAAACUCCACAAGCCACAAAUGGCCUUUCAGCGCUAUUGCAGAAUUGAUUGACAAUGCGUAUGACCCAGAUGUCAAAGCCAAGCAGCUGUGGAUUGAUAAAUCAGUGGUCAAAGGACAGAACUGCCUCAUUUUCAUGGAUAAUGGUGCAGGCAUGGACUAUGAAACAAUGCACAACAUGCUCAGUUUUGGUUUCAGCAAUAAGACGACAAUUAAAGGCCAUGCUCCAGUGGGCCAGUAUGGUAAUGGAUUCAAGUCAGGCUCCAUGCGCUUGGGAAGGGAUGCCAUUGUGUUCUCCAAGAGAGCAGAUACCAUGUGUGUGGGGCUUCUGUCACAGACCUACCUCGAGGACAUAAAAGCUGAGAAUGUCAUAGUGCCAAUCAUCACAUUCACACCUACUGGACAAACUUUCAGUGUUGCACCGGAACAUGAGGCGAGUCUUCAGGAUAUUCUAAAAUACUCUCUGUUUAACAAGGAGGAACUGCUGACUGAGCUCAGGGUCAUUGGUGAGCUGAAUCCCAAACCAAGUGGAACGCGAAUAAUUAUCUGGAACCUCCGCAACACAUACUUACAUAAACCAGAAUUUGACUUCACUUCUGACGAUUAUGAUAUUCGGAUCCCUGAUGACUUGGAUGAGAACACCAUGGAUGAAAGCAAACAGAAAGAUCGUGACAUGUUAGUGCCUGAGAGUGAAUAUUCACUGCGGGCUUACUGCAGUAUCCUAUACCAGAAACCUAGAAUGCAGAUUAUCAUUCGAGGAAAAAAAGUUCAAGCUCAAUAUGUCUCCAAAAGUCUAGCACACACUCUUAAGGACAAUUACAAACCCUCUUUUCUUAAUAAAGGUAUUGCAAUUACCUUUGGCUACAACACAAAGAGCAAAGAGCACUAUGGCAUCAUGAUGUACCACAAAAACCGCCUCAUCAAAGCCUAUGAACGUGUUGCCUGUCAGCGCAAGGUGGAAAGCACAGGAGUGGGAGUUAUUGGGGUUAUAGAGUGUAACUACCUAACUCCAACUCACAACAAGCAGGACUUUGAAGAUACAGAAGAGUACAGGAAAACCAUGCAGAGUUUAAGUAAUAAGGUAGAGGAUUACUGGAAAGAAAUGCGUCAUAGAUUUAAAGAAGACUGUGCUGCACCUGUUGAGGAUAAUGUGAAGGAGCCAGAUCAAAUCUGGGUUCAGUGUGAUGAUUGUCUAAAGUGGCGGAAGCUUCCAGAUGGAAUUAAUACUAAGAAGCUCCCUGACAAGUGGUUCUGUCAAAUGAAUACUGACCCCCAGUACAGGAGUUGUGAAGCUGAAGAGGAUCCUCAAGAUGAUGAUAAAAAACCUAAAUACCAGAAAACACACAAAAAGCAGGAACAACAACAGAAGUCACAGAAUGAAAUGAAUAAUACGCAGAUCCCUUCACCUAGCACAUCUAUGACUCUUCCAACUGCCAACUCUUCCCCCAAACCUACUACAAGUAAGAAGAGAACACAUUCCCAGGAUGUUAAACAAAAAGAAACAAAAAGAACCAGAGCCGAAGAAAGCUGUGAAAGCAACACAACUAAAAGCUCAUCUACAUCCACAGCUUCACCAGAGGGACUAAAUCUGAUCGGUCCUGAAAGUGAAGGUGGGGAUGCACUAAUGUCUGAUAGCAAAGUUAAGAUGGAACAGUCCGACAACAUAAACGAGCUUGAUGGAUACAUAGGGCAGUUAAUCCAAAACACAGAGGUGAAGAGAGCACAGAUAAAAGAAGAAGACCAGGAUAACAUGCAAGCACCACCAGUUUUUAAUGAUGGGGUGGAUUGUCGGGUAACAGAGCUAGAGAAAAAGGUGAACAGUCUGGAAGAUGAGAAGUGUGGCCGCUGUGAAAACCUGGAGAAAGAGUUAAAAGAAAUUAAGAAAAAAAUUCAACAAGCUCAACAAAGUAAUGAAGAUAAAGAGACUCAGACAGAAUACAAUUCAGAAAUGGAUAUAGACAUCAAACUGAACACACAUAAAGAUGAUACACAAGUAAAAAAAGAUAUAAAUGAAAACUAGAUAGACAUGGCACAAAACACAGAAAUGCAGCUUCAAGUUAACGGAAUUCUUACAAAACAUGGUGUGGCUUCUAUAUGCCUUUGUCCCAGCUCUGGACCCGCACAUGAUAAUCAGAUUACUGCAAGAAAUGAGAUAAUAACAAAAAACUAGAUUACUGUGUUUACAUGCACUUUGAUAAUCAGAUUAAUCUUUGGCUUUGGUUUACAAUAUUAUUUUAACAUAUGAAUUAUUUGCAUACAGUAUGCAAAUAAUAAAUUUUGUAGUCCUUUUAUUUAAAAGUGUGGCUCUUGUUAUUGUGCACUCCAGUUACUGAUUUUGAAUAUUUAUAAGUGGUUAUCAGUUGCAUUAUGUUGCAUUUUGAUAAUCAGAAUCAUCUUUGGCUUUGGUUUACAAUAUUAUUUUUAACAUAUACAUUAUUUGCAUAUAUAGUAACACUACACGUUAUUUUACAUUUACAUUUUCAGCAUUUAGCAGACACUUCUAUCCAAAGCGACUUACACAAUGAGCUGAACACAAGCAAUUGAGGGUUAAGGGCCUUGCUCAGGGACCCAACAGUGGCAACUUGGUGGUGGCGGGGCUUGAACUGGCAACCUUCUGUUCACUAGUUCAGUACUUUGACCACUGAGCUAUCACUGGCCAGUGAGAAGUGUUUUUCAUUGUCCUUUUAUUUAAAAUAGUGGUUCUUGUUAUUUGGCUGUCCAGUUACUGAUUUUAUGUAUUUAUAAGGAGCUAAUUGUUGUAUUAUGUUCAUUUUUUAACCUUUAUGGUAAAAACAGUGCCUAUGUUCCUGCAUGAUGCUAGUUGACUGACACCAUCAACUUAAACAUACACUUUCUAGUGCCCUACUAAGAAGAUACAAAAAAUUUUGAUUAAAAUACAGCCACUGAGGUCAUAGAAUUCUUUACCGUUCCUAUUCAAAGCAUAAUUCUGGUCACUGUAAUAAAAUAAAUUCAUCUUUUUUUUUCAUUAACCCACAAAAGGCUCUUUAUCCAUGUGAUCAAACCUGGUUGCAAGCCAGGCCUUUUCAUGCAACUUCAGUCCCUGACAACACAAAUGUUUUUUUUUUUUACAAAUUCCCACAGACACUCCAAAUUAUUGUAGAAACUUCUGCAGAAAAUUGAGGUUAUAGCUUCAAUAAAAAAAAGAAAUGGUGUCUGUAUAAGAUGUCCAGUUUUAGAAUAAGAUGUCCAGUGAUGAUCAUGGGCCUCAAUUUGUUUAAAAUGUCUGCCAAGUUAUAUUCUUUUUUUUGCUCUAUACAGAGACUCUCUCUUCAAUUUUUAAUUUUGCAGACUGAAGUCAUAAUGUCAAAUUCAUUUUGUGGCUAUUCCACAAAUGACUUGACAUAAUAGAACUUUCUACAAAAGAACAAUAAGAAUUAUUGGUAGCUCAGUAAUUAAGUUACUGGACUAUUGAUCUGAAAAUACAAGAUGUACCCCCAGCAAGCUACCAGUGUUAGGGCAUUGAGCAAGGCCCUUUAACCUCAAUUUGCCAAAUGUCUAGCAGAUGACAAUGAUGAAUAUUAAUUGAUGUACCUUAAAUUCUGUCCCAGACUUUGAGUAAACUUUGAAAAGAAAGAAAAUUCUUAAAUGUUUUUUUUUUCUUUUUUUUUUUUUGACAAAAUGUAGUAGUUGUUGUCAUUCAGUGUAACAAUAUCUUUUGUGGAAAUAUUGUAACCUUUUUCUGUAUAUUGUGUGUUACCUACCUAAUAACUGAUUAAUAAUAUUAAUAAUAAUGAUAUUCUUUAUAUCCUUUAUUGUUAAUCCAAUAU